AUGAAUACAGACUAUCAUAUGAAAAGCUUCCACUGCGACGCAUGCCAAAGCGAUUAUUUACAAGACUUAAACCAGCCCAUGAGAUGCUCAAGAUGUUCAUCUCAAUCAGUUCACGAUAAGACUCCGAAUCCUCAAUCACAAUCUUUCCCGUCCACAUCCGGACGAGAAGAAAACCCUUCACAGAGCACAAAUCAACCUCUCUAUGAUCUACAUAUACAUCGAGUUUUUAAUCUAAUGCCAGAUGGCUCUGUGAUUGUGACACAAACAAACCUCUAUAUCCCGGUAUCUUUAAGGAAUACAAAUCCUCAAGACUUUGCAAAUUUUUCAUCAUUUAUGAAUUUUGUAUCACUUCUAGAUAUACUAAAUCAAGCCCAACAAAAUCAGCAAGGCUCUCCACCUGCAUCUGAAGAGGCCAUUAACUCUUUGCCCUUAAUUAAUUGUACAAUCGCAAAAUCAGUAUGCCCAAUUUGCCAAGAUAACUAUAGAGAAGAAGAUAAAAUCCGACAAAUGCCUUGCAAGCAUGAUUUCCACGAUAGUUGUCUUUCAACAUGGCUCAGGAUGCACAACACCUGUCCUAUCUGCAGGUUUCAGCUUUCAAGUCCAAAUGGCCCACAAGUUCCUGUAUCAUAA